AUCCGCCACAGUACUUCCGGUGGCGCUCCAGUCAAGAACUCUUCAAUAUUGAAGUAAAAGAAAGUAUAGUAAAUAUGGCGUUCAAAUUUGGCUCCACCACGCCGGCAGCGCAACCGUUUUCUACACCUUCAAUAUUUGCUUCGACAACAACUGCACAGUCUUCGGUCCCCAGUCUUUUUUCAGCGUCCACUGCCGCCCAACCGGCGGCUGCAUCAAGUAUUUUUUCAUCAUCAACAACUUCUACGGGACAAACAGCUACCACAAAUUCCUUCACAUUUGGCAUCUCUUCUACCACCCCUUCUGGAUUAAAAGGAUUUCCUACUCUUGGAACAGGAACUUCAGCCUUCAAUACCUUGGGAGGAUUCAGUACUGCAAGUACUGGUGCCACCAAUGCAUUUGGGACCACUCCUGCAGCAACAUCACUCUUUGGACACACACAGACUCAACAGCAACAGCAGCAGCAAGCAAAUGUUGCCAAUCAACUGGAUAAUCUUGCUAAAGCUGUGAUGAUGCCACAUAUCUUCAAUGAUGAGAGGGAUGCUAUCAUUGCUAAAUGGAACCAGUUGCAGGCUUACUGGGGCACAGGUCGUGCAUAUUUUGAUUCAAACGGUUUUGUCGAUCUAACAUCAGAAAAUUUGCUUUGUCGUUUUAAGGCAAUCAGUUACAGCUGCAAUCCUCAGACAAAAGAUGAAGAUGGCCUUGUUGGAUUGGUACUGAAAAAACCAUAUAGUGAAGUAUUAAUAAACCAAAAACUUUUUGGCGAUACCAUAUAUCAGAUUCUUGGUGGCAAGCCAUCAUAUUCUGUGUGCAUUAAAGGAGUAAAACCGUGGCCUGAUAACAGGACAGAGAUGGUUAUGUAUAUUGAAGAACGGCAAAUGACUGGCCAAAAACGAUGUUUCCCAACUUCCAAAGUAGUUGAGCAUUUAAAUGAUGCAACAAUAAAGAAAAGAUUGUCUGAAAAUCCUCUCAAUGUUGAACACAUCCUUUCAAAACAAGCCCUUACACCUGAACAACUGAAGCAGUAUUUAGAUAAUCCAUUAGCAGGCAUUGAUCCAUUAUUGUGGCAGCAGGCUAAAAAAGACAAUCCAGAUCCGGAUAACUUUAUACCAGUUCCUAUUGUUGGAUUUGAUGAACUCCUUCAGCGUCUAAAGCAGCAGGAACAGCAGACUAAAAACCACCAAAAUAGAUUGGAUUUGAUUGCCCAAGAGUUGAAUGAGCUGCAGCUGAAGCAUCGUAAUACCGUUGCCAGAAUGGAUGAAGCUAAAAGGAAACACCUUAACUUGGGGCAUCGCCUUCUAAAAGUUAUUGUCAAGCAAGAAGUUUACCGAAAACUAGGUGUAGCCAUGCAAGAUACCGAAGAACAAUUCCGUGCUCAGCUGGAGGCAUUACAGUCGGAACUUAAUCAUCCGACACAGUUCAAGGGCCGACUCAAUGAGCUGCUGUCACAAAUCCGCAUGCAGAAUCACUUGACCACUCCAUGGGUUGAUGCAAAUUACCAAAUGGAACCUGUUAUGGAAGAAGAGAUCCGCGAACUUUUGAAACAGCAACAAACCGGAAUACAGCAUAUUAUACAACUAAUGAAAGAAGAUUCUUCUGAUCUUUGUCUAAUUGAAGAGGGUUUAGCUGAAAUCUCUGCUUCUCACAAUAGAUAGCAGUUGAGAUUGGUUUAGUACUCCUCCUGUCUACCAAAUAUAACAUCUUGUAAUUAUUAACACUAUAAAUUCAUCCUGCAAAUCUGCUUGUCAAUUUCAGCAAAGAACAUUGAUCCAUUAUUUUAUUUCCAAAAGAUGAAAAUAAAUUUUUUCUAUAUUUCUA